AUGUAAAUAAAAUUAUUUAUCAAAACUUCAACUUAAAACUUAAAUUUUCCUUAAUUUUUUGAAUCUUGUAACCUAGUUUGUGCAUAAAAUCGUGGACAUUAAUCAUCAUGACUAGACUCGAGAUGUAUUUCCUGUUAUGGGCUGCUUAUCUUGCCUCCCUGGCUUUCAUGUAUGUUGAUCUUUAUCGUUCGUAUAAACACAAUAUUCUGAAGAAAUAUUUGUUCUAUUUGCUGACCAAUGGCACACUCAUCUUACGUGUAAUUGGUGUCUUCUGGUUCAUGGUCAUUUUACAUGCCUGUGUUUAUUUUUUCAUCAUAUAUGUCAUUAUCUAUUCCUAUACGAACACUCCAGAAUCGAAAAGUAUGAAAAUAAUGUUCGUAUAUAUACCAUUGAUCGUGCAAAUUGCUCUUGCGUUCAUUUUGUUUUUCCUACGAAUGAUUGGAAGAUCUCAGGAUAAGGGCUUUUAUGCUGGUGUUCAUGCUCAUUUGGGUAUUUUGGUUGUGAUCGUAAACUUUUGGAAUUUGUGCCACAUCGAAAAAGAAAAUGCCAUGGCUUAAGCAGAGCCAUAAUAACGUUGGAAAGGACAGAAGAAGAGCCAAUAGAAACUAUGACGACCUUGACUAUGGAAUGUGGACCAGUUGCUCCCGGUCAUCGUCGCAAUGUGUAAUAUGAACAAUAUAUUUAAAAUUUUUUUAAAUGUUUGCUGUUGUUUAAUUUGUUUGUUGUUUUUUUUAAUUUUUAAUAAAAAUUAUUCUAAAUU